UCAAAUAAUUUUGGUCAUCGUAACGGCCACCGUCAAUCCUCUCUGUUUUCUGUAUCUCCCCUAGUGGUUUUGGACUGUGAGGCCAUAGCAUGCUAUUCCUGUGUAUCGAUCAACGGUAGUGAUCCAAAAUGCGAAGACCCGAUGUCCGCCAGCGUCCCACUCGAUCGACCUUGUCGCCAAAGUGUGGCUGGUCAUGAGGGUCUAUUCUAUGCCUACUACUGUUCCAAAAUCAAAGGAGUUAGGCAAAGUGAUGGUCGAAGUCUGCUGAUUCGACACUGUUCCAUGGAUAAACUGGCAGAUAUUCCGACUCAUUGUGGACAAUUUAGUCUGGACGAGGAACUUUAUUCCGGAUGCAUAGCCACUUGUACACGGGACUGGUGUAACACGAGUCCUAUGCUUGAUCACUUGUUUUUACUUUGUUUUCUGGGGAAUAAUUUGAAGGAGUAA